GUAGAAUUCCAUGUUGUAUGACAUAUCCGGCUUCUUGAAUGUCUCAACUUGCUGAUCUGUGCGGUCUUGGAUGAAUUUGACCAUAGGCGCAGAAGAUUGCAACCCGAACCACGUCUAUUCCUUGGGUAUCACGAUGCCAAAACAGCACCAUCCGCAGCGACACAACAAACGAGAAAAGAAACGAGUCACCGGUACGAAGUCAUAGGAGGGAGCGGCAUUUGACGAAUCUAUUCAAUGCGACCAGAACCACCUCUGAAGUCUUCCCGCAAGACCUCCAGAACCCAACGCAACGAACCGCAUUCGUCCGCCGAGAGUCCCUAUGUAGCAUCCAGUCGAAACUUCGGGUACUGCGACUCGAGUCCAGUGCAGGGCCGCAUACGCCAAUGGCAAGCACAGGGGGCGGCCAACGCCAUCGAUCCGGAUGCUCUGAGUAUACGGUCAAUGCCCAGAUCCGAGUGUCCUUCCCUAGCUUCACUUUCAAGAUCAGAAUAUGGAGACGAGAAUAGGUCGCACCGCGGUGGACGAUCCAAAGAGAAGAUGGAGAAAGAACAACUCGGGGCAAGAAGCAGCAGUACCCCCAGAAAAAGGAUCAUUAGUGAUGGUCACUGGAAAGCAAGUAGGGAUCCGAAAGAGCAGAAACAUUCCAAGUCAGCUCCAAGACCAAAGCCAGACUCGGCUCGGUAUGAUUUGUCAUAUACUUCCACCCAAAAGAGGCCUAGAGAGAGACGGCGAUCGCGUCGACAAUUCAGUUAUGAGAAGGGCUCAGAAGUACAGCAGAUUCCACCCUAUGAUGAUGGGAUGAGGAUCAGACCUGGGCCGUUUGAUCAAUCCGGCCCAGCCGAUGAGGACAUGGCCGCGUCUGAUGAUAUCACCAGUCAAGUCGAUGAUCAACUGGCUCGACGCUUGGAAACAACAACGUUCUCGGAGGAAUUUGACAGAUAUUCCGAAACAUCGAUACAACCAGAUGAAGCAAACGAAGGUAUCCGACCUCAGAGCAAAUAUGUCGCAACACUGGGCAGUGGAGUUGUGCCUGCGAUAACGGGUGUUCUGCGGCCCAAGAAAGGUGGGCUUCUCGGGAAGACCAAAGACAUGUUCUUGAAGUCAGAAACCCUCACGCCGAUGAACAACAGAAUUCCCAGCAUUGAAGCCUGGCUUGAGGAGCAACCCGACCCUUUUGUGGACGGGGCUCGAUCGGAUGACCUCCCGCCUGUAGAGAUCCCUGCUCCUCUGAGAAGGCGGACUAGGAGGAAGAAAUCCUCAAUGGAGAGGUCCUGUGUGCCUGAUACUAAUCAGAUAUGGCAGUCAAUCGACCCACGAGUUGAACAGCAACCCCCUGAGCCGAUUGAGUCUCACGAGCACGAAGAUGGCACGACUAUGCGCUCUCCGCGAAGCGACGAGAAUACCAGGCCGAAAUCUCGGGGCCGCGAAAAGAGGGGCGGAGAUGUUCGUGACUGCUCGCCCUCAACAUUACGCAGGACCGGCGCGAGGGUUCGUCGGCACAGAGAUUCUCCAAGCAAAGCGUCGAUUUCAAGUUUCGAGACUUCAAGGGACGUAGAACAGCUGCGAGAAGGGGCCGUUGGCACAGAACAGGUCAUGUCGUCCACAAGCCCUGAGCAAACCCCGUCGUCUGUUGGGGUACAUCAACUUCCCCCAAUUCCUCUUGAAGAAAUCGGGAAAGAGGACAAUACCGCCGCACCAUCAUUGGGCGUAUCAUCCCGGACUGACACCGGCCUCAAGCGCAGACUGACAACCCAUGAGGACUUGAUGUCUGUCUUGUCAAUGCCAGGACCUCGAAGAAGCCGUCGCUCUGCUCGUCGUGCCAAAAGUAGGCGCAUAGCGGAAGAGUCUGCGUCUGUUCAAGAAGUCCUUGCAGGGCUGGUGGCGGAUGAGAAGAAGUACAGCCGGGAAUUGCGGACAUUGGUCGACGGCGUCAUUCCAGUGCUGCUUCAGAGUGUUCUCUCCAAAACAGACUCAGCAGCCGCAGCUGGACUGUUUACUUCUUCGACGAGCGCCCAAGACGAUAUGAGCUUCACCAAGCCAAUCAUCGAAAUGGGCAUUGCUCUCGAAAGAUUGAAGUCUUUGCAUGGCCGCGUCCCUCUUCACAGGCUGGACAGUUUUCUGGCCUGGGCACAAACUGCACAAAAGGCUUAUCGAGAGUAUCUCCAAGCUUGGAGACUCGGAUUCCAGGAUGUCGUGGUCAAUCUUGCUCCACUUGACAAUGCCACUUCGGCCGAGCAGGACAUGGCACGCGACGCCUCGGGAGACCUGGUCGAUGGUGAGGGCAAGAAGGUGGAUGUUGCAUAUCUGCUGAAGAGACCACUCGUCAGAGUGAAAACCUUAAGCAAAACUUUUGGCCAGAUAAAAGAUCGGAGCGACAAGCCAUUGGCAGCACAUAUGACCGAUGCCUUUGCAGACCUGACCGCCUUCGCAAGGCGCCGUCAUCAAGAAGAACAGGCUCGUCUAGAGGAUGAAGCAGCAGCAAAUAUCGAUGCUAUGAGGGCUCGAGACAUCAGGACAAUGGCGCCUGUUGCAGGUGUCGUUGUGGACAACACCCGACGUGUCAAAGCCAGAGAUUUCUUCAACCUGACACUCUAUCACUCAAGUGGGCAAAGAAUGGACUGUGGUAUUGAAUUGAUCUUUCGUGACAACGCCCGUGGAGAUGCUCCUGGUGGUGAUCUAUUGAUCUGUGAAGUUGAUGACACCGGGAAGUGGCUUCUUUUUGCACCAGUCCUGUUGAACUCAGUAUCAGCCAGGCGUGGGGAAGAUGAUUUUGAUCUCGUUGUCAUGGUGCGCGGCCGCGCAGGGCUUGGAAAGGAAUGGCAAGAACUCCUCGCCUUGAAGACUGAUGAUAAAGAGGCUGUCAAUGAGUGGAUGGGCAUGCUUGGCUCCAAUCCACUACCACCAAGGCUCAACAUGACACCAAGUUUUGUGAAGCGAUCACAUCGCCCAAAGACAUCGUCCACAACUCCGAAUGAGAGCGAAAUCUCUAAGGACAGUGAAACGGAGAGUCGGUCAAUCAACCAUGAGCUGGAACAGGCCAACGUAGACAUACCAAUUGGAGAACCAUCUGUCCUCGCUGCACGGAAUGGUGUCAGUCGUCGUUCAGAAGACACAAAGAUAAUUGCCGACAAACCUCUACCGCGCCUGAACCUAGGUGGUGGUCUAGCAUCAAAGCCCCAGACAACACAGUACCAGACACAGUCAACGGGAAGCAAGCGACCUGUCCCAUCAGUCUUGUCGUCCGACAGGUCAACAAUCUCAGAUCAAUCCAUCAAGACAAUGACAACAUCGUCGACUUCAAAAUACAAGUUGCCCAGGAUGGAUUCCCUACCAGAGCGGACACGUGUUGCUACGGCGCCCGGGUCCCCUCCUGGGCCUCUUGUUCCGGAACGUUCAACUCGUGGAAUUCUGCCUGUACUUUCACGAAACGACGACAAACAAAGGGCCAGCGCAACCGAACUUGAUUCCCGCGACCUCAAAUCUUCUCCUCUCUUCAAACUCAGUCAGUCCUCAAAGAAUGAUCAACGAGCAUCGUCUUCUGGGUCUGAGAAGCCUCCAUUAGGUCAGUCAACUGGAAGCUCCAAUUCUCGGACAAGUGUAGCACAAGAAACGAGACCUGAGCGACCUGUCUUUCACCGAGCGCCUUCUUCAACUCCGUCAAAGGAUCUCCCUACUGUGGCCAGAGUCAGACCGCAGUCACAGUCACAGUCAACCAACAUGGGGUUGGUCAACUCUGGGCUCGAAGACCGUCAUGAGAGGAAGCAGACGUCGCGAGAGCAGAAGUCGAACCCCAAGUCUGGACAUUACCAAAGCUCGUCAAGAAGUCAGAUUUUCACUGAGGAUGUUCCAGCACCACCGGCAAUCGUACCACGUCAAGCUCGACCUGCCAUGACUGACAACAGCCCCGAGCCGUCACCUCCGCCUACUCCUCCACACCGCACCUCGAAGGACGUACAAUCACAAGCGAAGAGCAAUCAUAUCCCAGAACUGAAAGCAACCCCGACGGCAUCAGAGAAGACUAUGAGGAGGAGGACAUCUUCUCCCUUGAAGCAUGAAUAUGCACCUUCCAUCAGCUCGGACAGUUCAUCCAACUAUGAUGCAGAAAGUCUGAGUGACUCUGAUACCUCCGAGGACUUUAGCACCGAGCGUCAAGACAAGGCAACACCACUAGUGGCAAUAGCUUCUGCGGAGCGUCGACCAUCAAAACAAUCAUAUCCUCCAUCCUCAAUGCAAUCUACAGGUACCAGAACGCUGGCACCCUCGGAUUCAGCUUCUCAAGGACCAUAUCGGAGAGUGCCUUAUUCCAACACUGUUCCAGCUGACCAGAAGAAAAAGACAACCGCGUUGAUUUGUUCAUGGUCAGACUCGGGAGUAUGGGAAAUGAUUCACCCAGACGAAUGUUCAGUUGUCAUCACUCCAGGCCUGAUUGAAGCUUAUGAAAUGUCGGCCGAGCAUUCAAACCCAGACGAUGCAAAUCAAGAAGGAGGGAACUCGCAAACAACAUCCAUGUCCCGACAACCGUUAGUGGCAUUCGAACUUACGCCCCUGGUCAUGCUCCGCAAGGGUGCUGCGUUGGAUAUUCAGAUCAGAUCUCCACCGACCCCUAACUCUAGGAUCCGCACUAGCAGCAACAUCAUGUUCCGCUCCAGCAAUCUGCAAGCAUGCGACACCCUGUACGGAAUGAUCAACUGGGCACGCUGCAAUAAUCCCACGUACAUCGAACUUGAACGAGCCCGGCCACGCCAAAGCACUGUCACAUUCAACGUCAACCCCGACCGGCCUCGAUCCCGAGCGAGCUCUUGGUUCAGCUUCGGCAGCGCAAAGAAGUCGAGCUACCGCGCCUCGUCUGCGCCGACACCAGCAUCGAUCGACAUGUCCGUCGAAAGUUCGGGAACCAUGGCCAGCGCAUUUUCCGCCCUCAGACGAUUCAGCGCCAAGCCAGCGUUCAAUCUUAAUCGAAGUUCAGUUCUGCGCAGGAAUGGCAGCAUUGGCACAGGACCGUCAUUGUACUCAUCGAGCAGCGGCACAGGCACAGGCACGGGUUCUGGUUCGAGCACCCCAGCUCCAAGUCAGUUGGGCUUCAUACCUGGUAAAGAUGGACCGAAUGUUCCCGCUACCAGCGCCGAUGCUGCCAAUGGAGGCGGCAUGGUGAACAAUAUGAAGAUCCGCAUGUACAUCCGCAAAGGCCAGCAUUGGGAAAAUCUGGGCGCGGCCAGGUUGAGUGUUCUGCCUGCGCCUGGAGUCCCUACGUCGACACAGGCAAGUAGAGCCGCGGGAGCUGCGUCUGUCGCCCCAUCACCGGCUGCGACACCAUCACACACACGUUCGCCGUCGAAUGGCGAACCAGCAGGCGAUCGUGGACCGCGGCUGCCCAGUUCAAGUCAUACUCCACACCGUGUUCACGGAAAUGGUCGCGAGAAGAGGGUCCUGAUCGUUCGUAACAAGGCUCCCGAUGUAAUAUUGUUAGAUGCGGUGCUCGGCGAGAGCUGCUUUGAGCGCAUCAUGCAGACGGGCAUCGCGGUCAAGGUGUGGAAGGAAGACGAGAUCAUUGGACAUACGGGUGGCGUGACCAUGGGACGCGAGACGGUUUACAUGCUGCAGUUCCCUGGGACGAAGGAGGCAGGGUGGGUUUUUGGACUGUGUGGAACAUACAGGUAUGGAUAUGGGAAUGAGUAGGUUGGGGAAUGUUGACGGCGCAGAGAUGGAUGACUGGAAACAUGGGCGCUUUUUGAGCUAGACGUGAUACCCUUUAAUGAUCUUCCUUUAUUGUAUUGAGGAUGGAGUUCUUUAUGGUAGCAUGGAUGAUUGAAGCUAGCAUCUCAACAGAUGGCUGAAGCACGAAUGUACAUAAGGGGACUGCUUUCUAAUAUCAGAACCGACGUGGC